UGUGUGUUUUCUAUCUGCCAUAUAUAGGGACAAACUUGCUUCGAGAUGUGCUUGUCUGUUUUAUAGUCAGUGAUCUAUCUGCAGACUUCACUUUCUUUCUGUGUUUCUUCUAUAUGAAGUCCUGGAGAGUCUCAGGACUUUAAGGAGCUCUGCGUUCUUGGCCUACAGCAGCUACAGUUGGAGGAAAUUACAGAGACUCUGAUAGAUAUAUUUUCUCCUGUUGAUUUUUUAAAACUCUGUUGAGUUGCUGGCAAACAUGGAAGGAGUGAAUGACAUUCAUGAUGAUGGUUCCUUCAUGUUCACUUCAGAGUCUGUGGGAGAAGGGCAUCCAGAUAAAAUUUGUGACCAAAUCAGUGAUGCUGUCCUUGAUGCACACUUGAAGCAGGAUCCUGAUGCUAAGGUGGCCUGUGAGACAGUUUGCAAGACUGGCAUGGUACUCCUGUGUGGUGAGAUCACAUCUCGGGCCAACGUGGACUACCAAAGGGUUGUGCGUGAUACCAUUAAACACAUUGGUUAUGACAACUCUGAAAAAGGUUUCGACUAUAACACCUGCAAUGUGCUGGUGGCUCUGGAGCAGCAAUCUCCUGAUAUAGCACAGGGCGUCCACAUUGACAGACAUGAGGAAGAUAUUGGAGCUGGAGACCAGGGACUCAUGUUUGGUUACGCCACAGAUGAGACAGAAGAGUAUAUGCCGCUCACCAUCGUCCUCGCUCACAAACUCAAUGCCAAAAUGGCUGAGCUGCGGCGGGACGGGACUAUUCCAUGGCUCCGUCCAGAUUCUAAAACCCAGGUCACUGUACACUACAAGCAGGAGAAUGGUGCUGUGAUUCCUUUGCGUGUUCACACAGUGGUCAUCUCUGUCCAACAUGAUGACUACAUUUCACUGGAAGAGCAGCAACGCAUUCUGAAGGAGAAGAUCAUCAAGGCUGUGGUUCCUGCAAAAUAUCUUGAUGAUAAAACCGUCUACCACGUGCAGCCAAGUGGCCGCUUUGUCAUUGGAGGGCCUCAGGGAGACGCCGGUGUUACAGGAAGGAAGAUCAUUGUGGACACAUAUGGUGGAUGGGGGGCUCACGGUGGUGGAGCUUUCUCUGGAAAGGACUACACCAAGGUGGAUCGCUCUGCUGCCUAUGCUGCACGCUGGGUGGCUAAGUCUCUUGUGAAGGCCAAACUGUGCAGAAGAGUUUUGGUGCAGGUGUCUUACGCCAUUGGAGUCGCCCACCCUCUGUCAAUCUCCCUCUUCACCUAUGGCUCGUCAGAAAAAACAGAGAAGGAGUUGCUACAGAUUGUCAACAAGAACUUUGACCUCCGACCAGGCGUCAUUGUUAGGGACCUGAACCUGAAGAGGCCAAUCUACCAGAGCACCGCCUGCUAUGGCCAUUUUGGCAGAUCAGAUUUUCCCUGGGAGGUGGCCAAGAGUCUCAAGGUUUAAAGUGACAGGCUUGUCCUUUAGUCAUCAUUCAUCCACUGCAACUCUGAAAAGAAUAUGUUCUCACGCCCUUGAUCUUUCUUUCCUUCAAUGCACCUAUUCCAGUUUAUUUUCAUUUUCUCCCCCCAUACGUAGUGUAUACUACGCUACUACAGACUACAUGCAGAUUGAAGCAGUAUAAGUAUAAAUGUCAUAAUUGAGAAAUCCAAUCCAGCUUUACAAUUAGAAGACAGUCAUGAAAGGACCCCUCACAAUGUUGACCAGACUAUUUUAAAGUUGAUCACCAUCAUCAUACAAGCAAGACUGCUGUGUACUGAAAUAUACACAUAUAUAUAUAUAUAUAUAUAUAUAUAUAUAUAUAUAUAUAUAUAUUGAUAU